CAAAUUUAGUUUGUUUUUGACUUGAUUAUUUAAUAAAUUUUCCAAGCCAACAUCGCACAUUUUUAUUAAAAUUUAGUUGUAAAUAAAACAAAUUUUAAAUUUAUAGAAAAUGUUGGCUUUACGAACAACGUUGCGCUGCAAUUCAGCGUUUAAUAAAAUUUCACGCAACACCUACAAGUCAUUGCAAUUAAUACAAACCGAAAAUAAUGCUACACUCUCGACAGCAGCAACAAUUGUAACCAGGAAUACUUCUCGUCAGCAAUUACAGAAACAACCUGCUUUACUCAAUGGUUAUCUAAUGCAAAGAAGAAGUUAUGCUUCAAAGUCUAGCGAAGAAGUUGAUGUAAAAGAUUUGCAGUUGGUUUACUAUGGUACAUUGACACCACGCAUGAGAGCUGUUAAAGUAUUCUCAUUAACCACCAGUUUGGCUGGAUUGGCUGCCCAACCUAUUCUAAUGGAACAGGGCAUGAAAAUGGGUGGUACUGGUAUGGCGGUAUUUUUGUGUAGUUUUGCUGGUUUCUUUACGUUUGUUACACCUUUGCUGUUGCACUUCGUGACCAAAAAAUAUGUUACCGAAAUACACUAUAAUCCAAUGACUGAGGAGUACGUAGCAACUACAAUAAACAUUAUUUUACAGAAAGUUCGGACAAAAUUCCGCCCUAGUGAUGUGAAGAUUCCUGAAGUUCCCGGUAUGUUUACAUCAUUCAAUGUGGGCAAACGGUCAUUAUUUGUGGAUCCUGCCUUGUUUGAAGAUCCAGAACAUUAUGUAAAAAUUAUGGGUUACGACAAACCAAUCGAUUUUAAACUUGAUUUAAAAGAAACAGAUAACUCAGCAGUGAAUGCAACUGAAAAAUCAAAAAAAUAAAUUCUAUAAACAAAGUA